AUGCCUACUGUUUGUGCAGUUUAUGGUUGUACGAACAAAACAACCAAUAAAAAUGUAUCCUUUUACCGUUUUCCCCCAAAAAAAAAAAAACUUGAUUUGGAGAAUAAGCAGGUUGAUGCUAUGCGUAUAUGUUCUUCUCAUUUUAAAAAUGGUAAACCAGCUUGCUAUACAAAUAACAAACAUCCUGACUGGUGUCCAUCAAUAAACAUGGGCUACAAUACUAAUAAGGGUGCUGCGACUACACCAGAUAUCAAUCGAUACCAUAGGGCUACUAAACGAAUGGCACUGACACCAACCAUUUUGUUUCCAAAUGACUUGGAAGAUAAUACUGUUGUCACUGUUUCUAAUUUAAGUGAUGUAGAAAAUAUGGAUAUAAGCAUGGAAACAGGGACGUCAACUUCAACAACUAUGACCAUGGCUAAUAUUCAAACACUAGAACAAGAAGUAGUAACGAAAGAUUUUGUAAUCAACAAACUUACUUCAGAAGUAAAUUAUUUAAAUUUAAGUGAAGAGACAUUUAAUGGUCGUCCUAAAAUGUUAGCAUUUUAUACUGGCCUAGAGAGUAUGGAUCUUUUUUUAUUAAUUUUAGAGGAAAUUAAACCUGCACUAACUUCUAGUAACCAAAGAUUAACUGAAUUUCAAAAACUAUUGUUAUGUCUUAUGAAAUUAAGGUUAAACAUGCCAUUUGUUGAUUUAGGCUAUAGAUUUAAUAUCACUUGUGGUACUGCUUCAAUUAUUUUUCGUAAGGUUAUAUUUCUUUUGGAGCAUGCAUUUAAAAAACUAAUUUACUGGCCAGACAGAGAAGCAUUACGUUAUCUAAUGCCACGUUCAUUUUUUAAUGCUUUUGGUAACUCAGUUGCGGUUAUCAUUGAUUGCUUUGAAAUCGAAAUUGAAAAACCUAGUAAUUUUAGAGCUAAAGCACAAACUUGGUCUUCUUACAAAAACAAAAAUACUGUUAAGUAUUUGAUAGCUAUUACACCCCAAGUGGUAGUAUCAUUUAUAUCUGAAGGAUGGGGUGGUAGGGUUAGUGACAAACACAUAACUGAAAACUGUAUGUUUUUAAAAAAUUUAUUGCCAGGGGAUGUAGUACUUGCAGAUAGGGGAUUCACUGUAAGUGAGAGUAUAGGUUUUCAUUUUGCUACUUUGAAAACACCUGCCUUUACAAGGGGUCUUCCUCAAUUACACCCAUGUUCUAUUGAAGAAACAAGGAAAAUAGCAUCUGUUAGAAUACAUGUAGAGCGUAUAAUAGGACUUACUAGAUCUAAGUAUAAAAUUCUUAAUGGCCCUGUGCAAAUUACAACUCUCAAACACCAAGAUGACAACUCAUGUUUGUUAGAUUCAAUAGUUACAGUUUGUUGUGCUCUCAUUAAUAUGUGCAGUUCUAUUGUACCAUUAGAUUAA